CCUUACUUCCCAAGAAUGUCUUAUUGUGAAUUGUUCAAUCGUUGUAGAAUUGUAUGCUUUCCUCAAGUAAAAGAACAAUUUACUCUUUUUAAGGCAAAAGCACUAAAUCAAGAAGACUAUGCUGACGAUUUUAGUGAUUUACCACCAGAGCAAAGAAGAAAGAAGUUUCACAAGAAGAUCAGAGAACUUGAGGAUCAGGUUAAUCAACAGACCAAGUCAAGAGAUGCACUCGUUAAAAUGUCAGAGACAGUUGCUCAGUUUGGGGGUGACAUGCAAACAAUCCAGUCGCAGCUUGAUGCUAAUGCCAAAGAAAUCGACAAAUUUAACCAUCUCCUUCAUCAAUACCGGUGUUACUUAGCUGUUAUCGAAGAGACGGCACCUCCGACUAUGCCAUCCAAAAUGAGCGGAUCAAGUUCAAUGCAGAGUAUAUCGAGUAAUGUGUCCAACGACCAUGUUCCCGCUGCCCCACCUCCACCUCAGAACAAUGCUAGUAUGCCGCCAGUUGGAGCACCAACUGUUGAAGUGACGGGACCACCUGUCCCUCCUCCUCCGCCUUUAACCGAUGAGUUUGAUGAGCCCAAAUGCACGGUACUAUACGAUUUUGAAGGUCGAUCUGAUGGUGAGUUCACAGUGUCAGCAGGUGAAGAGUUGGUAAUUGUGGAUGAUGAUGGAAGUGGGUGGACUUUGGUUGCUCGAGGUAGUGAGGAAGGCUAUGUUCCAACCAGUUACGUUGAAAAGCUGUAGACGACGCCCUUCCAAAGGGGAAGAAUAUUAGAUCGCGGUAUGGUUGUAUGAGGUGCAAUAACACGUAGUGAUGGAGUUGAAAUUGUGAAGCUUGAUAGAUAAUGAAGGUUCUUUUUUGACCCUUCGAAGUGUUUAGAUACUCGUAUAGGACAUUUUAGCAACAUUUUAUGGAGAUUAUAUAUUUUGAUUCUUCGUUAAACCGCAGCUUUGUUGGAGAGAGUUGGAAACCGUGUCUGUGAUUCAGAAAUACCAAGCAUGCAGAUUCUUUUAGAGCCACAAUUGUGAAAAGCAUGGCCAUUGAUAUCUUUUCCUAGUUCAAGGACUAUUUUUGUUAUGUCACGCAUUCUAGAAUAUUUUUACACAAGAUUUCAAGCAGGUUUUUGCCAUACUAAUAGAAACUGAAAUGUCUGCCAUUCACAACGAUUGCACAAGAGGUAUAAAACGACGAUGGUUGUUGUAUUUUUGCUCAUGGUAUUUUCUUGUUUGUCAACAUUGACUACAACAUUCUUGUUUAACACAGUAAAAUUCUUUUAGAAGCUCUAUAAAAAUUAGGUAUAUGUAUUUUAUACUCGCAAUUAGAUGAACAGAUAAUCAGCAGUUUUUUUGUUAUUUUUAUUAUUGUUAAUCAUUGUAUGAUAGCGUUUUAGCCAUGUUAUAUAUAAUCUGAUAGCGUGUAUUGAUUGCUUUUAAUUUAUUGCUUUGAAUUGCUUUUUUUCUUUUCGAAUUAAUGCUUUCCUUAACGAAGGAUGUCUGCUUAGGUAUUGGUAAAGCAAAUAUUGAAUCUAAUUUUUUCUGUUUGUUUUUCAAUCGAUUAAGGUAUUGUGUACAACGACCUCUGUAUUCAUUGAUUAUUUUAAAAAGCCACAUAAUAUCGUUUCGCAUUUAACAAAGAGGAAGAUUGCUUGAUAAGCCAAAAUCAAUAGGAUUGCAUUAAGCAUGGUUUGUUUAAAAAACCGGCUACUCGAUUUUAUAAUUUCUGUAUCGAAAACUUGUCACUUUAUUGUGUGUAUUUUAGCAGUAUGAUAAUAUAAAGUUCAAUGUAUUCCAAAGUUAGGAGUUCAUUGUGCAAUGAUUAUUUCGUCGAUCUUAUUGGUACCAUUUUUUUAUUUGUAAUUGCGUAUUAUUUCUUUCGUUUAUGAGCUUUAAAUAAAUAUAACUAUUAAUGUUAAAAUUAUGCAAAAUAUAUUCGGAAGUGUUACACGUAUUACUACAGCAUGUUUGAUUUUCAAACAUAGCCAUCACUAAUCGAAGCUAGUUUGAAAUUCGCACAGAACGUUAAGACGCUAGAACAUUAAGAAUGAGCAGUAAGCUUGUUGCCAAUAGGUAGACGAAUUUUAGUGGCUUAUCUGAUUUUUUCUUUUUCAACAAGCCCCUUAUAUCCACACGAGAAUGAUUCAAUUUUGAACUUAGACCUUAAGUUUAUUGCUAUUAACUAACGUUUUGUCGAAUCUGUGUUUUUAUGCUGAAUCAUUCUGCGCAAUGUUUAAUGAUAUUUAUAUAAUUGCACAAUCAAAAUAUUGCUAGUAUAAUAUUUCAUGACUUUGUUUCAUUUUUGCAUGAUUCAAGUGAAACUAUA